GCUUUAGGGCUAGGGCAAAAUCUCUUUUCAGUGCACGAGGCUAUGGCGGGAGGGGUUUAAGGCGCGCGCUCGCCUCCAUGCGAUGUGGAUCCGGUAUUUUGUUGUGAAGCUUACGCAUUCGAUCGCCACUGCUGCCAAGAGCUAUGACAAGGGACAAAUCAAUGAAAAGCAACUAGGCGAUAGAAUCUGGAAGAACUUGUUUCAGGGCAGGCUCACAUUCUUCCACCAUGUCAAAGGCGAGCAAAUGGCUCCCACCUUCAAGAGCCAGGGAGAGACUCUACUCGUGAGAUCGGUACCUCUUCCAUCUUCUAGGUGUAUCUUCAUCGGUGACGUUGUCGUCUUUAAAGAUCCUCAGGAUACCGCGCAAGCUCUUGUGCGCAGAGUGGCGGCCCUGGAGGGCGAUGAGCUUGUUUCUACCGAUGAGAAGGACGAGCCUUUCACUCUCGAGGAAGGGCAGUGCUGGGUGGUCUCUGAUAACGAGGCCUUGAGUUCAAAGGAAGCUUACGAUAGUAGAACUUUCGGACCAUUGCCAAUGAAGAACAUCUUCGGCCGAGCAAUCUACUGCAGCCACUCCGCUGUUGAUCACGGUCACGUUCUUAACAGCUCCGAAGCAAUGCACAAAGAUACUCCUGUUGUUGCCGUGGAGCUUGACCUGGAGGAGCUAAGGAAGCAAGCUUGAAGGCUUGAUGAAGGAACCGAGAAAUCAAAGGUGGUAAUAAGACAGCAAGUCCUCAUCAGUUUCUCGGGUCAGUUUCGUUUUACAAAAACAGCCUUGCACUGCGUGCUCCAAAGCUUUUCUCUGGGGCCAACGUUGUACUUGUUUACUCUGCUUCAAUGCCUACGCCGUUUGUAGCGAUGACGCUCA